AUGUGCACCCCCAGCAACACGCCGGCCACGCCGCCCAACUUCCCGGACGCGCUGGCCAUGUUCUCCAAGCUGCGCACCUCGGAGAGCCUGCAGAGCAGCAACAGCCCCAUCACCUCCAUGGCCUGCUCCCCCCCGGGCAGCUUCAGCCCCUUCUGGGCCUCCUCGCCCCCCAGCCACCAGCCUGCCUGGCUGCCCCCAUCCUCACCCACCACCCACGGCCUCCACCACCACCUGCACCACCCGCAGCCCUCCUGGCCCCCCACCCCCCCGGCCCCUGCCCCCCCACAGAAAGCCGUGGCCACCAUGGAUGGUCAGAGAUAA